AUGCGCCCCCAGGGAGAAGGCACAGCAGGGCCUGACCACACCCGAUGGCUGACCCCUGAUCCGGGACCCUGCUGGGCGCUGCAGCCCUGCCCGCACACGUACCCGCAUCACCUGACCUACUACCCGAGCCACCUCGGCCUUCUGGCUGGUCCUGUCGGGACAAGCCAUGUGUUUCCCAUAAACCCCCACGGGGUCCUGCUGCAGGGAAGCGCUUCCAGGCGUCAGGACGAGACCAACACUGAGGACAACCCUGCCACCUGCUGUUCCUCCUGGACCUUCCGGGCCAAGUGCUUCCACUUAAGCCGCGCUCGGGCGCUGCCAGCCUUCAGCGCCCAGACGGCCCCCAGCCUCCGUCCCCAAUGGCUUCAGGACAGGACCAAGCGACCUGCACCAGGCACAGGGUGCGAAGGGGUGGCGACUGUCCGUCUGCCUCCAGCCUCCUCCCAGGCCAGCGGGACGGAAGAGACUGCCUUGUGUGCAUCUCCACAGCGCAGCAAGAGCCACCACAAAGGAACCACCAUGAUGGUGGGCACUGGGGCAGAAACUCCCCACGGCCAGGGACGGGCAGUGGGCAGAGGACGGGGAGGGGGCCAUUCCCAAGGGCGCGCUCCCGGAGGACGGUGCUGGGCCUCCAUCCAGCUGCUCCCCACCCGAGGCUGCACCCGCGACAGCCCCACCAUGUCCAGAACUCCAGGUGGGACCCAGGCAGCCUGCGGGCCUGCGCACUCCCAGGACACCGCGGAGCCGGGACUGAGAUGGGCGGCCAGCCCACUGGCCGGCUCCAGCAGUGUCCUCCACGGCCACUGCCUGAGCACCCUGCACAGAGCCCCUGCCUCCACACCAGCCCUGUGGUCCAGCAAACCACACUGCGGAUGCGGUUUCCGAGAAGCUGCCGAGCGCCUGGUGGGAGCUGGGAGGGCAGCGGGCUCAGUGUCAGGCCGUGGGGCGGAGGUCAGGACGCUGGCAUCCAGGAGCGGUGACAGCCCUCUGGGCGCUCUGCCGGCCACGCCCCAGCCCGCAACAGGAUUGGCCUACCUCUCCCGCCUGAAGGGCCUUGCUGCCCUGGAAAGCAAGGCCUAG